ACUCGUGACGAAAACUGACUGAUGCACCCGGGAUUGGCUGCGCUGCGGGAGGGCCAGGGAAGGCGACCUGCUCCUGUGGGGCGUUCCUCAUUCCUCGAAUAGUUGUGCUCAGCUCCCGUUAAGUACUAGGCACCAAGUCUUAAAAUGAGUAACCAAUGUCACUACUUACUCUCGAAGCUGCCGGUGUGUGGGGAGGGUCUACGAAAGCCCCACACUGCUCUAAUCCUGUUAAGUAGUGUUCUUUUGGGGGGUGGGUCGGGGGGAAAAGACUUAAAAAAGGUCUUGCAGAACGUUUAGGAUGCUUAGGUGGUAAGAGUCAGACCUCUUUUUCAGGGUUCCAUAAAAUUUACCUGGGGAGAGUAAAUCCUAAAAACUCGGCAACUGCAGUUCUCAGACUUAACACCUUCCCUCUUUUCAUAGGAAACAUGAUCGCAGCUUCCUUUACUGAGUUUUCUCAGGCAGGAGUGUUAGACACUCCACGUCCCCUGUCCAAGGUCACACAGCUGGUAAUGGAAAACCCAGAAUUUGGACACUUGCCUCUCCGGUCUCCUACACAGGUUGCAGUUAAGGACUUAGUAAACCAAGCCAGAGUAUUUGCAGUAUAUGCAGUGGAUAGGGCUGUGGAGGAUAAGGUGACUAGAGAGACGCCCUCUCCUCCAGGAACCUAACAUUUGAAAGAAUUGUAUUCCAGAUUAAUACAUCAUUUUAAAAAAGUAUUAGAUGCCUUACGUGUGCCCAACUUCUUGCUAGGCCUAUAGGAAGAGUGCAAAAGUACCAUAUAGUCCCUUCCUCAUCCCAGUUCUGGGCUCCUCUGGCUCUUCUGGGCUGUAGUCUUGCCCAUGUGUGAAAGGAACACAGAGAAUAAUCUAUCCUACUAUGUUCUCUCCCUGUUAACAUACAUACAUUCUCCACACUUCCCAGAUUUCACAGGAAAAUCUUUGUGAAAAAACCUUGGAAAAGAAUCUGUUUGGAUCAUGAUCGGGCUUGGGUACUUGGAAUGGGGAGGGAGCUGUCAUUCCUGUUUCCACCAACUCCUUAAACAUGUCAGACUGGAUCCGAAGCUGGAAGGGGCAAUGUCUUUUAAAGUACUGGACCUUGUUUCUGUUAUGGGAAAAAGGGAAGUGAGGACUGGCCAUUCUGGUGCUCUGAUUUCAUACCCCAUGCUCACCUAGAAAAGAGACCGAAUCCUUUCCAGAGUAGAUUGGGAAUCACUGUUUUGGAGGAGUGAAGGUGCUAGUAGGGCUUCUCUGAGGAGGGAUUAUUGGAGCAGAGCCCUGAAUGAAGGAGGAGAAAGGGCUUUCAGGUAGAAAGAACUACAAGUGGAAAGGCCCCAAAGCAGGCUCCAGAGGGUCAGGGAAACUAUUCCAUCCAUCCAGUUCCUCCCCCCUCCUCCUCCCAACAGUGAGAAGUGGGUUAUUUGCUUCUAGAUGGAUGUAAAUUUCAGCAGCCUCUAGGGGUGUCUCAGAGUCCUGGAGACUACAUUGUCAUUAGGGCUGGGCAACAGACUUUAGGACUGGGACCAGGGUGGGGGUUAAGUAUAUAUAGAGAGGCCAGCAGAAGAAUCUUCUCUCCCGAAUGCAGCUACUGCUCCCCAAACCACUUCUUAGGCUGACCGUUUCCUUUCCUCUACCAGGACCGCAAAGGAAUCCACCGCAGAGUACACAGAGUGAGCCCCGGUCCCAUGGUGGUCCCUGGGGCCGCCAGGGGCUUCCUGCUGCACUGCUGCCAGCUUGCCAGGGCCAGGAAGGGUUGGGGACUAUCGGGGAGAGCCCGAGACGGGCCUCCCAGCCUGCCAUCCCCUUCCUGUCCCUGGACCCACCUGCCGUCCUUGUGGCUCUGGAUGAGCUUGCACCACAGGGGAACCUCAAGUCACACAGGGGUAACCAGUAGUACCCACCUCAAAGGACUACUGGGAGGAUGAAAGGGGUACAUACACAGAAACAUAUGAGAGCCACUCCAUAUUGAUGCUAGUAAUAACUGGAGAGCAGCAGUGAUAAGCUUUGCAUGAGUUAUAACCCCAAGUCCCAACCAGGUCUCCUAGAUGGCAGUACGGAUAUUCACUUUCCUGAAGAGCAGAUGGGCCCUCUGGAGGGUAUGGCCAGAGCCCCACAUCUUAGGAGAUGAGGAGAGUGGCUAUCUUCUGGUUACUGAGGCUGUAAGGGUCAGGGCAGUUGGUGACCUCUUCCCAUGCAGUCCCCUUCAGGGACUGUGAGGUGGGUCAGCCUCCCUUUGUACAUUGUUCCAGGGUUUGGAAAGGCCAUUUGGCAAACAUUAUCUAAUAGAACAGAAAUGUGAGCCACAUUUGUAAUCAUCACUUUUCUUAAAAACAGGUGAAAUAAAUUUUAAAACUAUAUUUCAUUUAACCCAAUAUAUAUAAAAUAUUAUUUCAAUAUAUAGUCAACAUUAAACAUUAUUAAUGAGCUAUUUUGUAUUCUUUUUUCAUACUAAGUCUUUGAAGUUAGGAGUGUAUUUGACCUAUAGCACGUCUCACUUUGGACCAGCCACAUUUCAAGUUUCAGUUGCCACAUGUGGCUUGUGGCCACUGUAGCAGACAGCACAGCUGAGACAGCCCUCAGACCCACUCCUGCAGCCCAGACCAGUUUUAUAACUCUGGCUUCAAGAUGGAGGAAUUAUUUCUUCCCAAGCAUAGACCCUUUCCUUCCAGGGCAAGCUCCAGCAUGGGGUGAGGUACAGAAGAGAGACUUGAAGGAUACACCCUGGCACUCAAGCACAAAACCCGCACCCUUGACCAGGGUCUCUUAUUCCAUGUCUGUGAUGGGGCAAAAUGGGCACAGUACAUCCUGCUCCAGAGGCACAGGGAGAGAACAUGCUAUAUCCACCACUCCUUCCCAAGAAGGAGGGGAACAGAAGCUUCAGAGCCCACCCCUGCAGGGCUCACGGUACAUGGUAAACCUAGCUGCAGCCCACCUCUGAAACAGCCACAGCACCUGCUGUGAGAGAAGGAACCCCGGAAUCCGCGGACCAGUUUUCCGGGCCUCCCUCUCUUCCCUCUGCUACCGUUCCCUUUCUAGGCCUUAAGAAAACUGAAAAUAACUCUCAGCUGGAGGAGGUGGACUCCAGAGUGUGAGUGGCACGCUGCACCCUGAGGGUGCCCGGCCUGGCCCUCAUCAUGCUCGCUGCUGCCUCAGAGGCAGCAGCCGGCAGGCCUUAUGCGUGCAGUGAGUGUGGAAAGAGCUUCCGCUACAGUUCGGUGCUGCUGCGGCAUGAGCGCGCCCAUGGUGGCGACAGCCGCUUCCGCUGUCUAGAGUGCGGCGAGCGCUGCCCACAGGCCGCAGACCUCCGUGCGCACCGACGCGCUCAUGCGGGCCAGACGCUCUACAUCUGCAAUGAGUGUGGCCAGAGCUUCCAUCACAGCGGCCGCCUUGACCUACACCAGAGCGCGCACAGGCGACGCAGCCGCUCCUGCCGCUGCCGAGCUUGCGGCCGCUGCUUCCCACACCUCCCGGCUCUGCUGCUGCACAGGCGCCACUGGCACCCUCCUGAGCUGCCCCGCCGCUGUCCGCUGUGCCCUCGUGCCUUCCGCCAGAGCGCACUGCGCUUCCACCAGGCACGGGCACACCCGUGGGGGACACCGGCCGUGCCCGCUGACACGCUCCAUCGCUGCACUCAGUGCCCGCGGGCCUUCCGCAGCGGUGCGGGACUUCGGAGCCAUUUGCGUGUCCACACGGCCAGGAGCCCUGGUGACUCCACACUUCGGCAGCCAGGCACUUCGGACGCACACCAAUGUAGUAUGUGUGGCAAGAGCUUUGGCAAGAGCUCCACACUAACGCGACACCUGCAGACGCACUCGGGUGAGAAACCUUUCAAAUGCCCAGAGUGUGGCAAGGGCUUCUUGGAGAGCGCCACCCUGGUGCGCCAUCAGCGCACGCACACGGGCGAGAAGCCCUACGCCUGCAGCGACUGCGGGCGCCGCUUCAGUGAGAGCUCCACGCUGCUGCGCCACCGGCGCAGCCACCAGGGAGAGCGGCCACACGCGUGCGCCACGUGUGGCAAGGGCUUCGGGCAGCGCUCCGACCUUGUGGUGCACCAGCGCAUCCACACAGGCGAGAGGCCCUUCCCCUGUACCGAGUGUGGCCGCUGCUUCAGCGACCGCUCGGACCUCACAAAGCACAGGCGCACACACACAGGCGAGAAGCCCUACCGCUGUGAGUUGUGCGGCAAGCACUUCACGUGCGUGUCCAACCUCAACGUGCACCGGCGCAACCAUGCUGGCCACAAGCCCCACAAGUGCCCUGAGUGUGGCAAAGCCUUCAGUGUGGGCUCCAAGCUGGCACUGCACCGCAAAACGCACCUGGGCGAGCGGCCGGUGGAAUGUGCGGAGUGUGGCAAGUGUUUCAGCCACAGCCGCUCCCUGUCGCAACACCAGCGGGCCCACACACGUGCUCGCGCCGCCGCAGCUACAGCUGCCGCUGCCACUGAGGCCAAGGCGGGCACUGCCCUCAUCUUUGCUGGGCAAGCAGGACAGGAAAAGCCAGGGCUUUUUGUGUCUCAGUUGAGAAAGACUUGCUGAGAGUCUUCUCCGGAGUGGGCUUGAUAAGCACUUUCAUAGUGCCAUAGGGAUGGGUGGGACAACUCGCAGAUGGAGUUCUGUGGAAAGACAGCGUGGCAUAUUACCUUUCUCCAUCUCUGUUGGUAGCACUUCACCUGGCCUCUCGCUGCACCCCUACACCUGCUUCCCCUGUCAACUCUUUGCCUGUUCUCUGUCCGUCCUUCUCCCCCUCUGAGGUGUAGGUGCAGGGGGAACCUCCCAGACCCCACACGUGGGAGAGCGCCCAAGUAUUGGUGUGUCCCAUCCCUGCUGCUGUGCUCUCAGGUGUUUCCUGUUUUCCCAUCAGCAUCCUGUCUUCUCUUGUCCCAUCUCCUUUUUCCAGCCUGAGUGUCCUCUACCUCUUCUUUCUAGAUACUUUUGGUGUACUGCCUCUUCAGUUAAUGACCACAGAUGUGGCUGGAGUCACAGGCCCUGUGGUUUUCUUGCCUCUUCCUUUCACUUGACUGUUAGUCUCUCUGCUGCUUUCUCCCUCAGCUUCUGAGAGAUGGGAAAUUUGCAGAGAGAUAGUGGGAAAGCUCACUUCACUGAAAGAUAUCUCCAUGCCAGAAGCACCCGGAGAAGUGCUUCACACCAUGUAAAGGUGGGCAGGAGCUCUCAGCGUGGCUGCCCACCUGUCCCAUGGGACAGACCUGUUGGUGUACAGAUCAAGGUGCCUCUCAGGACAGUGUUCUCCAGGUGGGGGACAUCAACCCUGGGACCUGAGUCAAGACCACAUGGGUCCACAAAGCUGGGCACUGCCAAGUGCAGUAAGAACGCUAUACACAAAUUAAGCUUGCAGCCAUGAGGAAACUGAGCUCCACAGAGGCCACAGUGCAGGGAUGAAAAUCCCCUGUAAUUGGCCAGCGAUUUUUUUGCUUGCAGGUGGUGAAAUAAAGAAUUAUUUGAGUUC